CGAAUGAGAAUAACAUUUUAUGCUGUACUCUAUGGAUAAAAAGCGUGGUGCAAGCGGUGUGGUUUUGGUGUUGUUGGUGUUAGUAUUCUUGAGCUUCUCUAUAGCUAAUGUGAAUGGAGAUUCGGUUAAUGAUGAAGAUCAGAGCAAGAAAUCAGCUUUUUGGGUGUGGCAGAGACUAAGAAGUGCAUAUUCUAUGUAUUCAUCAGUUUUCCCUACAAGUAUUGGACAAUAUUGGCACAUGGUUAAGGCCAUUGUCAAUCACACUUAUACUUAUUUCUUCCCUCCAAAUAUAGAUUUUAGGAGAGGAGAAGAGGGUGAAGCAGUGGUAGAUAACAAUGGAGCAGGGGAUAAGGUGAAAGAAGCUUUAGCCAAAAGCCUAGGAACAAGUAAAGCAACGUUAGAGGAUGCUGCAAAAUCAGCAGCAGAUAAGGUCAAGAGGAGUUUGUCUGAUGAUGAUGAUAGGGAAAAGAAACAUCCGAAAGAGCUCUAAUUCUAAGAUGUAUUUCAUUUCAUUUCUUUUUUCUGUUGUUUUGUUUUGCAGUUAAUGAAUACUACUUUAUAAGAACGAAGAUGUAUUUGUUUAAUGUUAUAUGCAUAUCUUAAGAAUACAUGACAUGAAGCAGGAUAUCUUGUGUAAAGCUUCAAUCAUUUGUAGGCUUGAAUGAUCAAAUGAGAUCUACACACAUGAAUUGCAGUUUUGGAUGUUAAAUUUAA